UGUUGUGAUUAGUUGCUCCUCGAGUUUCCUCGGGUUCAUGAAAGGUCCUCAAAGUGUGCACAGGUAAAAACAACGAUGAAGGGAAUGAUCGAGUUGAACAAUGUAAUUAUAUCGGAGGAAAGUGUGAAGGAAAUUUGUGAUGCAGCUAACGGUGGAAAAUUGAAGACACUUUCUUUACGUGAUUGUGAAAUUGGCGAGACAUUUUACAGCUCUAUUUUGAAGGCAGUUGGGGCUUGCAAAUCAAUUUUGCAGUUAAGCUUGUGUGUUGGCAUGGUUGAAACUAAGAAAGACGUUUCAGCACUUUGUAGGUGCUUGCAGAAGAACAGAUCUCUACUCGCAUUGUUCAUCCAUGGCAAUCCCCUAAAGGAUUCGGGCAUGCAGAGAAUAUGUGGAGAAUUAGUCCAUCAUCCUUGCAUUGCUUCUCUGGAUGUCAGUGACUGUGAAUUAACAGACCAGUCUAUGGAGUACCUGUGUAACCUGUUACCAAAGACUGGCACAAAAUCAGGUUUAAAAGACCUUUCUCUGAGUGCUAAUCCAGGGAUAUCCCAGAAAUCGUGGGCAAAGUUUGGUGUUUCACUAGCAGCCAGCAGCAACCUCCGCGAGCUCUAUCUGGAUUACAAUAGCCUCGGUGACUACGCAGCUAGCUGUAUCAUAAUUGGUCUUGCUGGGUCACAAAAUCUCCAGGUCCUUGAUUUAGAAAGCACAAACAUUGGAGACUCCACAGCUGAAUUGAUUGAACAUUUGCUGGAAAAGUUUCCCUCCCAACUUCAUAAAGUCGUACUGAAAGAAAACAAAAUUAACAGCAGUAUUGUAGAAAAAAUUUCCUCCUUUCUUGAUGAAAAUGAUGACAUCUCUGACACAUUUAGUAUUCAAUCAAUGAAACUAAAAACAAAAUCCUCUGAUAAAACUUCAAAGUCCAAAACAUCUACGCAAAAGAGCUCCACCCUAAAAGAAAUCACUAGAGAAGACGAUUUAUCAUCAGAGGAUGAAAAAGCCGAUAGAGAAAAAGAAGAAGAAAGUGAUAUGAAGGACACAGUGAAGACUGAUGAAGAUUAUCGUGUGCUGGCGAUGGCCCUAGAGGAGGGGCUCAGUACGGGGAAGAUCAGUGCCUUGUCCGGAACCAUGGAGGAAGAUAAUGAAGAAGAGGAGCUGACAGAAGUCCCCGUUACAUCACAAGGUCAUGUGAUACGGUUCACCGAACACAAACCACAGACCUGCUCUGUAGAGGAGUUUGGUGAUGAAGGUGAAGAACUUAAAGAAAUUCCCCUAUUUCAACAUGCCACCAUUUGACAAGACUGAAUAUUGUUACUAUCAACAUAAUACAUGUCUUUUAAUUAAUUAAUUGAUUUAACUAAUUGUUUGAAACAAUUGAUAAGAACAUGCUUAUCUUAUGCUUAUUUUAACAACUUUGAAAUGCUACAAGAUC